AUGAGGAAAUCCCGAGGAUUUAUGACCUUUCCCACUGCCUAUGUGCUGAUUGCAAUAAUGCCGAGUCCCGAGCUGUCGAGCUGGAAGGUAGUUGCCGGUUCCAAAUUGUUUGCUGUCAAAUGUCCCCAGCCAGCCAUGCCGAUUCUUGUCGGGGCUGGGAAGGAGAGACCGACCAACUUGACUGUACUGUGGAGCUUAGCCAGUGAAAGCAAUUGCCCAGGUCAAUCGACGAGGACAAACUUUAGACUUGUUGACCCUCAAACAAUCAUACCAGACUUGACUUCAAACCCAGGACUGGGUCAUUCUGCCAGGUACCACAAGAUAUCGCCCAAGGCUAACGUAUUACAAUAUGAAGCAUUCACAGAACGCCCCACUGAUUGCAUAUGCCACCUCCCAAGACCUGCAUCCAAUGGGCGGACGUGGGAGUGGCUUGUCAUGACAAUCAAGUCGUGUUUUGAUUUAGAAGCAAUACGAUACAUUGUACCUGUGAAGGUUCAUUUCUCACUAGCAAGCGUCUACAGCAGCUCGUCAGCGAGAUUCACGGCCCUCUGGCAUGUACAUCAGAUCUCUUCGCCGAGGGCGCCCCGGGUUCAACAAGGCGCGUCUCACAGAUAG